AUGUCACCAUUGCUUUUGUCCAGCAUUCUCCCUGUCAUCAAGGAUGGAAAAAGUGGCAGUAAUACUCCAGACAAGCACUCAGGCUGCACGGUACUAAAUCAAUGCAUUAUUAAGCAUCAAUCAGCCAGGUCGACCACCUUCACCUGCAGCGGGAUGAGCGCAGGCCUCCUGGCCUUGCCGAACUGCAGGAUCACCGGGUCAUGGCUGGACGACGACGAUGGACCCGAGGCCUGCGUCUGCGUCUGCGCAGGAGGUGUUGGGGCCUGCGGAGGAGCAGAAGAAGCCUGGCGCCUUGUUGCGCAGAACCAGAGGCCUCUCCUCCUCCUAGUCGCCGUCGCCUCCUUGCAGAGCCCCUCCACCAAGCUCGGAGAACCGGCAGCUGCUCAGGUCCAUGGAGCUGUCCCCUCGUGGCCCGAAGCGCCUGCCGACACGGCACCGUGCGACUGCUCCAGCGCGGCCUCGCGUGCUUGCUCGGGCCCGUUCCUGGCGCGGCCCCGCGAACAAGCUCCGUGCGCGCCGCCCGCACUGGCCCCUGCAGCGCUCGAGCAGCCCAAUCGGCCGCCAGGCGCAGGCAUGGGCGGUGGCGGCUCGGCCGGGCGCAGCCGGUGGGGACCGGCCGAAGGGCGCGCGGGCCAGGGCAGCGGCGGCGGGCGGAGGCAGGGAAGGAGGGGCGAGAGGUGGAGCCGGCCGGCGGCAGCGAGGGGCAAGAGGCGCGGGGCAAGGGCGACGACCGACGGGGGAGAGCAGGGAGUGGUGGGACCGUGGGAGCAGUCUGCGCGCUUGGGGAGUCGGGGGAGUGGGCGUGGGAUCGGGGAGGUGGGGGAGUCGGGCUUCACCACGGAUGGGGUGAACCCCAGUUUACUCUUUUUAGGGGUAGAGACGAGGGCCGACUGA